AUUUUGUGUCGAGUCCAGACCGCUGGAUUACCGAAAGAGGAUAAAAUACCCCUACUGGCGGUUGCACCCCCGCACAUCCGCGAGCCUUCCUCCCAGUCGCCCAGUCGUCACCUGCACCACCGCAGCAGCGCCUGUCCCUUUCCUUCGCUUUCGCUUUCGCUUCCUGCCAUGCCAACACAAUCGCUAGUCUUAUCCUUAACUUACCAUGAACCCGAUAUCGAUCGAUAAUGCGUCGUGUCAAGAAAUCCCGUAAUGGUUGUGCGAGGUGCAAGAGCAAACGGGUCAAAUGUGGUGAGGAACGACCUCACUGCAGUCGAUGCACCCGUUUAGGAGUUCAUUGCCCUGGAUAUGUCCAGUCCCUACGCUGGGUCACCAAAUACCCUGACCGAAACCCUGAUACAGCCCAUGAUACACCUGAUGACACUACAGCUGAGCCAAGCGCUCAGCCCGAUGCUAGACCUCCGGAGAACUUAUGUCCCCCUGAUAAUGUCGACCCCCAGACGCAGCCUCCCUUAACCGUUAACGAUGGCUCUUUCAACCUCACCUCACCUCCAGCCCAGGCUGAGAUAAGCACGCUCCCACUGGGAGGCCCUCCUGCGUUAUGCGAUAAUCUAUGGGAUCUGCAACAGUCUGGUACACUUCCUGAGCUCGCAGAUCUGUGCCAUCGAUCCCCAGCUUCUGCUUCACGCCCAUCUCCAGUGGCGCAAGACGGCUCACUCUUCCAUUUCGGGUCACCCAACCACGCAGACGAUCCAUUUGGUUUAUCCUCCUUAGCAGCUCCAAUACUGCAGGACGAGCCUCGCAGCUUCUCUGGAUUCUCGCCGUCUACCAUCGUACGCCAAUAUCCACCUCCUACUACGAAAAUCCCACAACGAGACUUCACCUCGAUCUCUCAAGCGCUGAAUAAUCCAUCGUGGACCCUGAUCGAGUACUACUUCAAAGAAGUGGCAGCGCUGUUCUCGAGCUAUGACAGCCAGAUGAACCCCUUCCGAUCGACUGUGUCUCGGUUAUGGGGCUCGUCACUGGCCAUGUGUCGGACCAUGCAGAGCAUGGCAGCGGCUACUCUGGUCAACGACUUUCCCGAGUUCGGACCAUUAGGACGAAAAAUGCGCAACGAGGCCGUCGAUAUCAUCAGCAAAGAGUCCAGCCUGGACGAUAAAUCCCUGCUGGCUCUACUCAUGCUGGGCCAGACAGCGAGCUGGCACGAUUCCAAGGAUCUUGGGAUCUCUUUCUUCAACCUACUGAGGAAUCACCUGGACACUCGGCCCGAGAAGAGCCCCAUUUCGGGCCGUGGGAACAAUCACCAAUUUUUCGAAGAGGCCCUGAUUUACUGGGAGAUGCUCUUAGCCUUCGUGGCAGACGAUUCAGCCGUCCUGUCCGGGACCACAGCCACAGGGCCCGAGGAGUCCCUCGUCCUACAGCGCGUGCCUCAUCCGUGGACGGGAAUUGCGCGUGACACCCAAUUCACAGUCCAAGAGGUAGGACGGCUGAUCCGCUGCGAGAGAAAGCGGAUGCGCUGCCGCACCUUCACCUCGCACGCCGACGUUGCACAAGCGCAACAAGCCAUCGAAAGAGCACAGGAGCUCGAGGAGCGACUCCUGGGGCUUGCGCACCCGGCCGAGGCCGAAAUCAUCAGCCCCGGCGACGACGAGACCCCCGUGUGGCACCUCCUCACCAUGGCCGAGGUUUACCGAUGCACAGGGUUGAUGCAAUUAUACCGAGUCUUCCCGGACCUGCUGCGUCGACGACUCCGUCCGCAGCGGUCCUCGAGCAGUCCCACCAGCGCCGAGGAUGCGUCCAUGCACAACAACAGCCGCGACCCCUUCAUGUCUCCCGCAUUCAACAGCGGCGGCGGGCACUGGUUUUGCGACCCCGCCCUGCUGCACCCCAGCCCCGAGACUACCAGUGCGCCGGCGCCGCCGUUCGAACCCAUCCCCGCGAACCCCUCGACAACCUCCUCCGAGUACGACACCUGGCUGACUGAGCUCGCCCUCACCACCCUCUCGCGGCUGAAGACCAUUCCGCUCGAGUCCCGCACCCGUUGUCUCCAGCCGUUCCUGCUUGUCGCGUCGAGCAGCGAGCUCCGCCUGCCGCGACUCCCGCCCCUCGAAACCAACCUCGACAGCACCGGCCCUAACAUCUCCGCCCACGCCAUCGACGUCUCCCAGACCCGGCGGUUCAUCCUCGGCCGCCUCACCUCCUUCAUGCACGUCCUGCCCCCGAAGCCCAUCGGCGUCUGUCUGGAGCUGGUGCGCGAGGUCUGGCGGCGCAUGGAUGCCGGCGAUCCGGAGGUGUAUUGGAUGGACGUCAUGAUGGAAAAGGGGUGGGAGACGACGAUGGGCUGAGGGCCCAGCCGAGGCCGACUCGUACGGCGCACGCAUCAUUUCGGCCAAGAAAUACAUGUAC